AUGCUUGGUGGAAGAAUAGCUGUAGUGACUGGUGGCGGCUCUGGUAUUGGUCGUGCGAUUUGUCAACGUUUAGCAAAUCAUGGAGCUAAGCUCAUUGUAGCCGAUAUGAACGAGAAUGCAGCUAUGGAUACGGUGGGAAUUUUGGGGGAAUCCACCGAACACUCUGCCUUUGGUUGUGAUGUAAGCAAGCCCGAUGAUGUCGCGAAACUUCAUGAGUUCAUCAUCCAACAGAAGAAAUCUCCCCCAAAUAUUGUUGUCAACUGUGCUGGCAUUACGAGAGACUCGACUUUGAUGAAGAUGUCUGAGAAAAAUUUUGAUGACGUUGUAGGUGUAAAUUUGAAAGGAGUAUUUUUGGUAACGCAAAUGUUUGCGAAAUCUGCUGUUUCCAGAAACACACCUCUUUCAGUGAUAAAUGUGUCCUCCAUCGUUGGAAAAGUGGGUAAUUUUGGUCAGUGUAAUUAUGCUGCAACAAAAGCUGGUGUAGUAGCGUUUGGAAAAUCUGCUGGAAAAGAACUUGCUCUGAAGGGAGUUCGAGUCAAUACUGUUAUGCCCGGAUUCAUACGAACUGCAAUGACAGCUGCUAUGCCCGAAAAGGUACUGAACAAUAUAUGUGCACAAAUACCGAUGGGACGUAUGGGAGAGCCAGAAGAAAUCGCUGAUGCUGUGCUGUUUCUCGCCUCGGAUUUGUCGAGUUACAUGACUGGAGCGACUAUUGAAGUAACUGGCGGGUUACACAUGUGA